ACAUGACGGAAGAUCAGAAAUGGAUGGAAAUAAAAAAUACAAAGAAUGUCCAGUAUUAACCCUCUAUCUAUUGACAAUGAAUAACAAAAGCGAUGUAUCAUCCUGUGAAAUCUACCACUUCCACGCCGUCGACUUCGAUCGACGUGCCGUCGAUUUAGCUAAUUCUCACCCCUGUUUCAUUUCCUCACAUAGGAAUCGCAGUUUCAAACGCAUAUCUGAGAGAUUCGACUUUGAUAAAUGCAGUCCUUACAUUGACAAGAUCAAAACCCUGUUCGUGCCCAGCCUAGAGAAUAGGAUUUACACUGGCCUCGAGGAUUUCGUCUAUAGAGACAAUGCGAGUCGAGAAUCUGAAUUGUCGUAUUUGAAAAAGUGUAUAAAUUUAGCGACCAGUUGGAGCGAUCCACUGGAUGCACUUUGCGAAAAAUACAAGGAUGUUGAUGUCCUGGAAGAGGCUACGAAACAUUUCCUCAAUUAUGGAAUCAAGGAUGGCCUCAUCACUUCCUUCGUCAACUCAAUAGUUCUGAACAACAGGCUGAACAGGGUUUGUCGUGAAUUAGAUUCUCUUCACAUAGAGAAGAAUUUACUGAGCUAUGCAAACGUAUGGAAUUUUAUUACCGAGAAAAAUUACUGGGUCGAUACCGAUUGCGCAACAUCUGCCAGUUCACCCAUUACGGAUGUUCCUGUUAAGGAUCUUGGUAGUGACCUGGAUGUGGAGACUGGGUCUGGUAUGGCUGAUACCAGACAAGAAGAACGGAGAGCUCCUAAGAGAUCAGCCACUUAUGAGCAUUCAAGUAAUUUGAAGCUGGAACACGAGGAUGAGGAUUCACUUAAUUACUUCGAGGUUAAUGAAGAUCUGUUAACGUCUCUAAAGGACGGAUCUAAUAUGUUCAGUGGACUUUCUCGUGACAAGACUUACAGAGGAAGAAGCAGUGUCUGUACAAAAUCCUCAUGCCUGACGUAUAGAACAAAACAUCCAAAGGCUGACUGGAAAAAUGAGAGCUUGAAGUUGCACAUAAUGAAAAUGUAUUCUAAGAAUGGGAAAGGAAUGAGAUUUCGAAAAUCAAAGAAAUCUUCUCGCCUGGCUUUACCCUGUAAAUACGAAGAUCUCCUUUGUCAAAUUAUCAAGGAAGACUUGUCGUUGUCUGUCUUUGAUUUUUCUGUGGCUAGAAAAAAAUUUGAAAAUGGUAUUUAUAACGUCACCUCUUGUCUCAAUAACGUGAUUAGCAGACUGGAUGGUAGCAAUAUCAAAGAGUUUUGCUUGUUUUGUGAAAUUAGGCAGGAUUAUAUCAAAUUCAAGUUGAAACCACGAGGUCCUAAGAAGACCAAUGUCUGUUUGUUUGUCGCUCGAGUGGCUACUUAUAAAGAAUUAUCUAAAAGGACUCGCACCAGGGAUAACAAGAAGAUCAUACCCGUUCAGGAUACGGAGACUGAAGCUACCGAGAUAAGAGAAGAUAUUACUAGGACUGAAGAAAAAACUGAUAACUUGUUGAAAUACGAUCUUUCGGAAGCUGAGCUCGUGGAAUGUGACUCGCACUGUAGAUGUCCUUCAAUGGAUCUCCUAUUGUCUGAGCCUUUGCGAAAGGAUGAAAGGGAGGAUGCGCUCGGGUGUACGGUCAAGGAUGUUUCGUACUUGAAAUCCUUGGACGGAAAUGCGACUAAGAAUCGUUUAAAAUCAAAAUCCGUUCAGACAUUGGUCCCAGAAAUGUCCUCUAAGGGCAUCAACAUUGAUCUGGUACCAAAGGGAUCUGCAAUCUCUUUGGAGUCAAACGUCACUAGGAUCAUAUCAUUUACAGACCCUUCUCCACUCAAGAUCAUUAAAGAUUCCAGGGAUUCUUUAGGAGUAUGCCACCAGGAUAGUAAAUGUAGGCAGGUAAAGAGUCUCGAGUCCUUGGACAAGUCGACAAUACAUGAAGGAUCAUUCGAUAGUUCAAGACAGACAUUAAAAUCUCAUGAAUUUAAUGUUUGCAAUAAAAAUGCGACACAAGCAAAUUCUGAGUCUAAGAAGUCUCAGGUUAGUAUGCGAGUAGAAAUUUGUCAAUCAAAAAUUUCAUUUAUCAAUAAGGAUGUUUCAAAAUCACAUCUAAGUAAAAUUAAUCAUACUAAAAGUAAUGUCUAUAAGUCUCAUGAUAUAAAAAGUAUAAAUGAAAGAGCAUCUAACAGUAAGCCACAAUUAAAAAGUAACAGUACUACGUUUGAAAAAUUCAUAAAAACUUCAAACUUCCGCGACGCUUUCUCAACAAGAUCAAUCGACAAGAUAAAAUAUCUGAUCAGAACGAAACUUUGUCGAAGAUUAUUAGAACGCGACAAGUCUACAAACACCUCAAAGACUUUACUAUCGAAUGAUAAAAAUUACAAAAGUACUUCCAACGGAAGGACCGGUCGAUCAUCUUCUACGAAGGAUCAUUCCAAAUCUCAAAAAUCCUUAUCAACGUCUCGCGAUAAAAGUCGCCACAAUGUUUACUUCAACCAACUGCCAGGUCAUUCGCCACGAUUGUCAGCUGGCAGUGAUCAUCUGACACCUGCCAAUAAAAAAAGUCAAGUAAAGAACCAAUCGAUAAAAAAAUCCAAACGGAUCAAAAAUACGAGAAUUUUUGAAAAUGAUACCGAGAAGAAUUAUUUCAGACAGAUAAGAUACGAUCGUCAAAAUUACUCAAGUCGUUGCAGCUGUUAUUAUGGUCGAGGAUGCAAUUAUGACAGAAACAAUUUUUACAGUUUUACUUGCAAUUCCGAGUCUAGCAAAAAAUUCCCUAGCAUGUAUACGUCAUCGAGACAAGUUCUUUUGCCACAGGAUUCGAAUGAUCCCUGGUAUACUAGGGACGGAUGUCAACUCUUCAAAGGUGACUACCACUAUGGCUACGGGGUGCCAUAUUAUCCACUGAAUUUCUAUUGUGAAGGUUAUAAUAAAGAAAACGCGACUAGUGGAUUUACAAUUGAAAGGAAUGAAACUAAAACGGAUACCGAUUCCUGUCAAGGAACAGAAUAUCGUCCGUACCUUCAAAGCUAUGGAGAAAUACCCGAUUCUGAUUAUUGCCAUCGACUGGAACCUUUCGACGGAUGUUAUAAGAAAUCGAAAAACGUUUGGAAAUACGAGAGUUCAAGCAGCAAACAGGUGUUGGAUAAUUUGGAAACAAAUUUUAAAAUACGACUGUCACAAUACUUAAGGCUGUGCAGGAACGUCAAGUAUUCAUUAUUAAAACGUUAUAAACCUGACGAUAUUUAUGAAGUCAGUAGAACGUCAAUUCCUUGCAUGGACAAACAAUAAAGCAGUCUUAAAAUCCUGUUUUAAUAAUAAAAAAAUAUAUUCCUCUCAAUGUUAAGAAAUUUCUCAACACUAACACCCAAAUUCUAUAUAUUCACCACAAUUCCCAAAUAAUAUUUCCCAUUGAAUGGAUCGUUAUGAUUUAUCAAGAACUGAUAAAAACUGUUAAUAAUUGUAAGUACAAAAUAUUUAGUUAAAUAAAUGGAGCUCGAACGCUCGGUCAAUU